CAAUAAACCAGAGCCAUGUCUUCGGACGCUGAGAUGGCCAUCUUUGGGGAGGCAGCUCCUUACCUCCGAAAGUCAGAGAAGGAGAGAAUUGAGGCCCAGAACAAACCUUUUGAUGCCAAGACAUCCGUCUUCGUGGUACAUGCAAAGGAGUCCUAUGUGAAGAGCACUAUCACAAGCAGGGAAUCAGGCAAAGUCACUGUCAAGACUGAAGGGGGAGAGACCCUGACCGUGAAAGAAGAUCAAAUCUUCUCCAUGAACCCUCCCAAGUAUGACAAAAUCGAGGACAUGGCCAUGAUGACCCACCUGCACGAACCCGCUGUGCUGUACAACCUCAAAGAGCGUUACGCAGCCUGGAUGAUCUACACCUACUCGGGUCUCUUCUGCGUCACUGUCAACCCCUACAAGUGGCUGCCGGUGUACAACCCCGAGGUGGUGUUGGCCUACCGAGGCAAGAAGCGCCAGGAGGCCCCUCCACACAUCUUCUCCAUCUCUGACAACGCCUAUCAGUUCAUGCUGACUGAUCGGGAGAACCAGUCCAUCCUGAUCACCGGAGAAUCCGGGGCCGGGAAUUCUGUAAUUCACAAUGUUAGGUAUUUUCAGAAAUGCAUUAGUUUUAUGUAUAUUUUUAAAUGCAGCUUGAAAUGGUAG